UCAUCCAAACACCUCACUGGCCUCUGACAGUUACAGCAGCUGCUGCACCAUCAUCUGACAUGUCGAAGGAUAACAUGUUGUGUAUUGUCCUCUGCUGCCUGUGUAUGAGGAUAUGGCUUCUGGACGCAAAGACAUUGGAAGUUGGGACAUCAUCUCCACAGGAGGCUGCAAAGGCCACACUGGACCCAUCUUUAGCCUCUGAAGAUCCUGUAAAGGUUCAGAAUAUCUCUGGCCAUGCCGUCUCUAAUGCCUCACUGAAGGCCUCUGGGGCCUCAGGUCUGUCCCGGCUCAUCAGAAUCCCUCUGAGCUUGUCUCUAGACUCUGUUGAUGACAUGUAUUAUGGCUGCUCUCAGAAGAUGCUCAUAAAGGUGAAACGUCACUACCUGCCAAGGAGCACCAGCGAAGGCCUGCACACCACAUACACAAAAUUCUGUGCUCUUAAAGCCAUGAAGAACAGGGACGUCUAUGACCCUCUGUCCUGGAAUCACUUCAGGGCUCUGUGUGCCUACACAGCGGGGGCCUAUGACGACUUGAACCGAGCAGUUCGCAAGGGGAGGGCUUCCUACAAGACCUCGUUUCAAUUCCACGCUCUCCACUUCCUGCUGUCUGAUGCCAUCCGGCUCUUGAAACUCAACCAAAGGAGCUGCUACACCACCUACCGAAGGAGCAAACUGUUGUACAGCGGGGAAGCUGGACAAACCAUGCGUUUUGGCUCCUUCUCCUCCAGCUCCCUCAACAAGGACCUGCGUCAGUUUGGACGAAGGACGUGCUUUGAGAUACACACGUGUUUCGGUGCGUACCUCAAGUCCUACUCAGAGUUUGACUCAGACGAGGAUGAAGUACUGAUUCCACCAUAUGAGAUGUUCAAUAUUGUCUCUGUCGACACGUCAGGAGAGAACGAUUUACAUUGUGAUGUUCUCUACAAGCUGGAGACUGCAGGUGUUUACAGCAGCCUCAACUGCCAGGCUCUGAACAUUUAAAAGGUGCUAAGUAUUAAAUUGUAACACUAAAUCAUUUUGAUACAUCAGUAUAAUUACUGUCAUUAUAAGCCACAGCCUCCGCCAGUCAACAUUUUUGUCAUGCUUCAUUGUCUUUAGUUUAUUAAAACAAUUAUUUUGAGUUUGAAAGAUCA